AUGAUGAUUAACGAAAGUGAAUCAUCACAAACGUCAAAGUACGAAGAUGAAGAAAAAAUUGAAAUAGAUUCUAAACCAACUAAGCCACACAAUAUCAAGAAAAUAACAAAACUAUUACUUUCACCAAAUGGCAA